AUCACCAUGGACCAUGCCGUAGUUCGGAGCAUCCUUGAUGAACAAUGUGAAUGCACAAGCCUUGAAGUUGAUGGUGUAGCAAAGAGUUUGAGCACAUUCUGCUCACAUCUAAACAAGGAGGCGAAGGGAGGAGGAGAUGCCUCCGAUACAACUUUUUGUGGGGAAGGCAGAGUGCAGCUUACGUUCAAGAAGAUUCUUCAUGGUACAUUUAACCAGGUCCCAGGCUUGCCGUACUUCUACUAUACGCCACAACACAAAGAAAGUGAUGCGCGACAUCCCGUAGCAUCGGAAAUGGCAACAUUUAGUGGACUUUUCGGUGAACACCCGCCAAGAGACGUUUCUGAUGUUGUUGUGCGCAUGGAUCUGUACGUCAUGACAUGGCCAUGCCCUGAAGAAAAUCAUCGCGAUAGUAGUGACAGCGAUUCUGAGGAUGAUACCACUCAGUCCGAGAGACAAAUGAGAUUUGUGGAAAAGCUUCCGAAGAGGGUAGGUGGUGUCACAUUGAGGGCAGUGUCGGGACAAAUGUAG